GGCAUGUUUGAAGGACGAUGUCAUCGUGUGUGCAGAGGGGUGGUCCUGAAAUGUGGAGUAGAGGGAUUUUUGGCUCUGUACAUUCACAAAUUGACAUGACUAGGUUCAUGCAGGAAGCCCACUGUGCAUCCCAUUAGUUCACAAUAUUUUGAGGGGACGGAGGGAAAACAAUCCAGGACGGCUGUCACGAAUUGGGUGUCUUACGUUGGGCAGGUUCAUGAUCAACAUGUUAGUGCCUUCUGAAUUGGGCUGGUUAUGUGAGACUACGUGUGUGUGUUUCUCGCGGGCGUCCUGUGACCGGCUGCAGUGGUUGGUCACUGACUGCUUAUAGAUGAGAGGUGGUGUUUAGUGGCGCCCAUGCCGCCCCCUCUUCCGCCUCCUAGUCAAUUGUCCCGACGAGGCUUCUCGUCGCCAAUAUGGAUAUGCCUUCUUCUUUCGAACGUGUUCUUCGCGGGUAUCUUGUUCGGUGUUUCGAUUUGCGUUCACUAUCCAACACAUUUCCAGGCGGCGCCGUCGAGUUCGAUAACCGACUUGCGGCGUGAUCUGCUCUGCUUGUUGAGGCCUCCUUUGUCGUCGUCGCCGGCACGCGCGAUCACAAAUGGUGAACACGAUGAGGGUUGCGAUCCCUCGGUGGGACCGGAACGACUUCCUGCGCUUCAAGGAACUUUCUACCGCAUCCUUGUGCCGUUGGCAGGCGGCGGGCCCAGAAGGGGACUCGAAAAGAAAAUGUGCCUUCGGUUGGCCUCAGAGACCUUCAGACUGCUUAGUCAUGUUCUCAGCGACGAGGAGCUGCUGUCGCUAGGAUCGGCCAAUACUCUGCGGCCAGUCGCCAAUCAGUCAUGGCCAUCGAAAGUAGCUUUUCUCUUUCUGACACGUGGUCCCCUUCCAUUCGCACCGCUCUGGCAAAGGUUCUUCCGCGGACACGAGGACAAGUUCUCAGUCUACGUGCAUGCCACGCCCGGGUUUUCUUUCAGCGAGGAUUCCCCCGAGGUCUUCCAGUCAGCCAUGAUUCGCAGUCAGAAAGUGAGAUGGGGCGAGCCGAGUCUUGUAGAUGCGGAGCGGCGGUUGCUGGCGACAGCUCUCGUGGAUUUCCAGAACCAGCGGUUUGUGUUGUUGUCGGAGUCGUGCGUUCCAAUCACCAAUUUUACGUACGUGUACAAAUACCUUAUGGGUACGAACAAGAGUUUUACGGACUGCAUAAAUGAUCAGAGCCCUUGGGGUAGGGGUCGAUACCGAUGGGAGAUGAUGCCGGAGAUUCAUAUCGACCAGUGGCGGAAAGGUGCGCAGUGGUUCGGACUGAACCGGCAGCACGCGGUUGCGGUCAUUUCCGACAGCAAGUAUUAUCCGAAGCUCAGAAAAUACUGCGUGCCGCAUUGUUACGUCGACGAGCAUUACCUUCCAACCAUGCUUUCAAUAAUAGACGCACGAGGGUUAGCGAACCGAACAACCACGUACACAGAUUGGUCACGUGGCGGACAGCAUCCGAGGACGUUCUCGGCACAAGAUAUCACUGCGGAAUUCAUUCGAAGCAUCCAGAACGACGCCAGAUGUACUUACAAUGGUCAGCCUAAUCAGCCCUGCUGGCUGUUUGCGAGAAAAUUUGAACCCUCUGCACUGCAUCCACUCAUGAAAACUCUACAAUUUUAGCAGAGCCCCUUUCCCACAUUUCCAUCGUCAUCAUCGUCUCGUCGUUGUCGUCACAGUCUCGUCAUAUCGUCUCAUCAUCCUCGUUAUUGUCAUCAUCUCUCAUCAUCGUCAUUUUAUCAUGUCGUCAUCGUUGUCACUGCCCUGUCGUCGUCUCACCGUCUCGACUUCAUCGUUGUCACUGUCUGUGUCGUCAUCUUCAUCAUCAUCGUCUCACCUUCUCGUCAUCAUCGUCAUCAUCGUCGUCACCGUCUCAUCAUCUUCAUCAUCGUCUCACCAUCUUCAUCGUCAUCACUGUCUCAUCAUCCUCAUUAUUGCCGCAUCAUCAUCUCAUCAUGUCAUCAUCGUCGUCAUCGUCGUCAUCAUCGUUAUCAUCAUUAUCAUCAUCAUCAUCGUCCUCGUCAUCAUCCUUCUGCUGAAUUCUGCCGGAGGUGAAACACUGCCAUUUUCUUUUUCUGCCUCACUGCUCCUUCCUGUUCUUUUUGACUCUUUUGAGAUCUGUCGGUCUGUUUGCGUGGCCGUACAUUCAUUCAUUCGUUGGUCGGUUGGUUGGUUGGUUGCUUGCUUGGUUAGUAGGCUGGUUGGUUGGUUCGCUUGAUUGCUCAUUAAUUCCUUUGUUUGUUAAUCAGUCUUUCAUCAAUUCACUCAUUGUCCUCCUCCUCCUCCUCCUCCUCCUCCUCCUCCGCCUCCUCCUCUGCAGCCGCUGCAACCCUGGCUGGCUGCUGCUGCUGGUCAGUUGAUUUGUCGAACUGUUCCUAAUUGGAUUUUCCUAAUUCAGAAGUUAUGUUGCUGGUGUUUUAUCAGCGCUCUAUUUGAAAAGUAGAGUACAUUGUGAUUCUUUUUCCAAGGAGACGCAGGAGGAGGAAGUGCAAGAGGAAGACCACAUGCAUUUUGCAUCUUGUGCUGGUUUCGUUUCAAUUCGUUCUAAUGUUGCAGAAAGAGGCGAAGAGGAAGAAGACCACAUGCAUUGCAUCUUGUGCUGGUUCUGUGGAUCAAGAACGAACGGAGAGAUGGUUGGUGAGAGUUGAUAAGAGUUGCGUCUAUAUAGACUUGGCUCUGACCACAUGCAUUGCAUCUUGUGUCUGGCCAUCUCUGGCUAUAUAGACUUGACACAAACUGUCAGCACUGGCUACACAUGGCCAUCUCUAGCUAUAUAUAGACUUGACACUCGCCCUAUAAGUGGCCAUAUAUCUGAUUCUGUAGACUGGGGGUCUAACCCCAUACACAGCCAUCACUGGCUAUAUACACUUGAAGAAGCUGACCACAUAGACGGCCAUUGCUGACUAUCUAUACUGGCGCUAACGCCGUGCAUGACCAUCUCUGGCUAUGUAUAGAUUUGACACUCACCCUAUAAGUGGCCAUAUCUGAUUAUGUAGACUGGGGGCCUAACCCCAUACACAACAAUCACUGGCUAUAUAGACUUGGCACUAACCCCAUACCCAGCCAUGAGCCAUGACUGGCUAUAUAGACUUGACACUCACCCCAUCGACUGCCAUCUCUGACUAUCUAAAAGGUUUCUAACCCCAUGCAUGGCUAUCUCUGGCUAUAUAUAUAGGCUUGACUAUGUCAAAGGUUUCUAACCCCGUGCAUGGCUCUCUCUGGCUAUAUAUAUAGGCUUGACAAUCACCCUAUAGACGGCCAUCUGUGACUAUCUAGGCUUGACACUUAACACCAUGCAUGGCUCUCUCUGGCUAUGGAGCCCUUACACUUACCCCACACUUGGCCAUUCCUCUGGGUUUGUGAGAUUGACACUGACGCUGACACCCCCUGUGUGGCCAUCUGGGUCCUCACCCCCUUCAUGGCCGUGUGGCCAUGUCGAGUGGGCAUUCACACCCCAUACCUUGGCGACCGCUCAUCGCACGCAGUCGCCUCAAAAUUUAAUGACUCCAUCUUGAGAAGUUGUGACAUUGAAUGAAUUUGUAACGGGGGA